AAAACUAAAAUAAAAUUAUAAAAAAAAUAAAAAAUAAAAAUUACUCUCCAGAGUAAUUAUUCUUCCUCAUAGGAAGACUAUUUCCUAUCUGGUAUGUUCACUUUAAUUUUUUAGUUCUUUUGUUAUUAUCAUAUAUUGAAUAGAUAUAAAGUUUAUCACAAAUGUGUAAGUUGGAAAGAGUAACACCAUGAGCACAAAUGUAGCUUGAAACACUCCGUAUGCUUUUUCCAUCCCAUCCCCUUCCCUCUCCCUAAACUCUAUCCUGAAUUUGGUAUUUUUAAUUCCCUUGUUUCUCUUUAUAGGUUUACCUUGAAAGUAUUUAACCCUGAUGAUAUAGUUUUACAUGAUCUUUAACUUUACAUAAGUGGAAUAAUAUUUUAUGUAUACUUCUGCAAUUUGUUUUUCCCUAAAUAUUAUAUUCCUGAGAUUUAACAAUGUUAAUAUGUAUAACUUAGCUCACUCAUUUUCACUACUAUGUAGCUUUCCAUUUUAUGAACAUACCACAAGUUACUUCUCUAUUCUAUCAUUAAUAGCCAUUUGGUUGGUUUCCCAGUUUUGCUGUUAUGAGCAGUGCUAUUGCACACAUCUUCGUAUGUGGCAUAUUAUGACAGUUUCCCUAGGGUAUAUAAAUAAGAUGGACUAGCUGGGUUAUAGGGUAAAUUCUCCAUCAACUUUAUUAGAUAAGGCCAAAUUGUUUUCCAGAGUGGUUUGUCCAAUUUUUAAUACCACCAACAGUAUGUAAGUGUUCCAGUGGUUCCACUUUCUCUCUAACACAAUAUUAUUAGACUUAAAUUUUUUUUUACUAAGCUGGUGGGUGUGUAUAUUAAAAUUUUAAAACAUUGCCCUUUGUUGAUUGACUACUUUGUGUCAAGUACUGUGGCAGACGUUUUCAUACAUUAUUUAAUUUAAUCCUCUCACAGUUCUUCUUAGCUCCCUAAUGGAAACUAAUGUUGUACUUAGUUUGUAAUACAUAAUUACCUCUAAACCUCUCUCUGGCAAAUUUAUUCCUUAUCAGAUUUUUCUCCAUCUUGUAUCUGCUAAAUUUAUUUUCUGUUUCUUAAAAAAAAAUUAUUCUCACUUUAGAAGAAAUUUAAGGCAUGAAGUGGUUAAUAACUUGCCCCAAGUCACAUUGUCGUUAAUUAGUAGCAAACUUUGAAAUGAAACCCAGUUCUCUAGCUCCUAAUCCUUUUUUUUUACUCCAUCUCUUCCCUUUUCCCUCCCACAUCGCAUUUCUUCUUCCCUUCCCUCACAUUCUCCUCCUCCUCCUCUGAGUUUAACAGCUUAAAUGUAUUUUCCAGUUGGCAGCUAUGUAAUGUGAUGUGCGUGUAGAGAGCGUCACAAGAUUGGGUGAGUGCCUGGUUCCAGCUAAAUAGUCAUUACUCAGGUCCCUGGCUGGCUGUUAAGUGUCACAACCAUUUCAAAUUCCAAGCUGUGCUGCUUGUGUGCAUUUGGCCAGGCUACCCUCUCAAAGCUGUCGAUGGCCCUGCAGGGGUUGGAGAGAAUCCAGAACUUCAGGACCUCCCAUCCUUGGCUCUCCUUUCUCAGCAGUAGGAACCCCAAGCCUACUGUGGGGGUCCCUGAGAAUUCUCAGGCAACUGAAGAAAUCCCAGGGAAUUAUAACUGGAACUACUCUGCAAUGUCUGUAUUUGAAAAGGAAAGUGAGGACAAACAAAAUGGAGAACAAGAGAGGUAUCUGCAAGCCAACAACAGAGAAUUUAACAGUCUGUUCGGAUAUCCGAACAAUAGCAUCAAGACCUCAAAAUAUAAUGCCUUUAACUUCUUGCCUAUGAACCUGUUUGAACAGUUCCAGAGACUUGCAAAUGCAUAUUUCCUCUUUUUGCUUUUCCUACAGUUGAUUCCCCAGAUCUCCUCCUUGGCAUGGUAUACGACUGUGGUACCCCUGAUGGUGGUGCUGUCCAUAACAGCAGUGAAAGAUGCCAUCGACGACGUGAAAAGGCACCAAAAUGACAAUCAAGUCAACAGUCGUUCUGUUCUGCUGCUGAUGGAUGGCAGGAUAGUGACAGACAAAUGGAUGAAUGUCCAAGUGGGAGAUAUAAUAAAACUAGAAAAUAAUCAGGUUGUCACGGCUGAUAUACUAUUACUCUCUAGCAGUGAGCCCUACAGUCUGACAUAUAUAGAAACAGCAGAACUGGACGGUGAAACCAACUUGAAAGUGAAGCAAGCCAUCUCAGUUACCAGUGAGAUGGAAGAUAACCUGAAGCUACUGUCUGCCUUUGAUGGAGAAGUGAGGUGUGAGUCUCCCAAUAACAGGUUGGACAGAUUCACAGGAAUACUGAUUUAUAAAGGAAAAAAUUACGUCCUGGAUCAUGACAGGCUGAUUCUCCGAGGCUGCAUCAUCAGGAAUACAGAUUGGUGCUAUGGCUUGGUAAUUUUUACUGGACCAGACACCAAAUUAAUGCAGAACAGUGGAAAGUCCACUUUUAAACGGACACACAUAGACCAUCUCAUGAAUGUCCUUGUGCUCUGGAUUUUUCUGUUUUUAGGCAGCAUGUGUUUUGUCCUAGCAGUUGGUCAUUGCAUUUGGGAAAGCAAGAAAGGCUACUACUUCCAGGAUUUUCUGCCAUGGAAAGAAUACGUCUCUUCAUCAGCUGUCUCUGCCGUCCUUAUAUUCUGGUCCUACUUCAUUAUUCUCAACACCGUGGUGCCUAUUUCCCUCUACGUCAGUGUUGAGAUAAUAAGAUUGGGCAACAGCUUCUAUAUCAACUGGGAUCGGAGGAUGUUUUAUGAACUAAAGAACACACCAGCACGGGCUUGUACCACCACCCUUAAUGAGGAGCUCGGCCAGGUCAAAUACGUGUUCUCCGACAAAACAGGGACCCUGACUCAGAACAUCAUGAUUUUCAACAAGUGUUCUAUUAAUGGGAAAUUCUAUGGUGUUGUCUAUGACAAGAAUGGACAGAGGGUAGAAGUCUCGGAGAAAACAGAAAAAGUCGACUUCUCCUACAACAGACUGGCUGAUCCUAAGUUUUCAUUUUAUGACAAGACUUUGGUGGAAGCAGUGAAAAGGGGAGAUCGCUGGGUACACUUGUUUUUCCUGUCACUCUCAUUGUGUCAUACCGUGAUACCAGAAGAGAAAGUAGAAGGUGAGCUGACUUACCAGGCUCAGUCCCCAGAUGAAGGUGCCCUGGUCACUGCUGCCAGGAACUUUGGCUUUGUGUUCCGUUCCCGCACGUCUGAGACAAUCAUGGUAGUCGAAAUGGGGGAAACCAGAAUCUACCAACUACUGGCUAUUUUGGACUUCAACAGUGUGCGCAAGAGGAUGUCUGUUAUUGUGAGGACACCUGAAGAUCGCGUAAUGUUAUUCUGCAAGGGUGCAGACACGAUCCUCUGUCACCUACUUCAUCCAUCCUGUAGAUCCCUCAGAGAUGUGACCAUGGAACAUUUAGAUGAUUUUGCCAGUGAUGGCCUUCGCACCCUCAUGGUGGCCUACCGAGAACUGGACAAUGCAUUCUUCCAGGACUGGAGCAGGAAGCACAGUGAAGCCUAUCUGUCUUUGGAGAAUCGGGAAGAUAAAAUAUCAAUGGUCUGUGAAGAGAUCGAAAAAGACCUGACGCUGUUAGGGGCCACAGCCAUAGACGACAAGCUGCAGGAUGGAGUACCCGAGACGAUUAUCACCCUGAACAAAGCCAAAAUUAAAAUCUGGGUUUUAACUGGAGAUAAGCAAGAGACUGCUGUGAACAUUGCCUAUGCCUGUAACAUAUUUGAGGAUGAAAUGGAUGGGAUGUUUAUCGUGGAAGGCAAGGAUGAUGAGACUGUUCGGCAAGAACUCAGGUCAGCAAGGGAAAAGAUGAAACCUGAGUCUCUACUGGAAUCAGACCCGGUAAACAGUUACCUCACCACAAAUCCCCGAAUGCCCUUCAAAAUACCCGAGGAGAUGCCCAAUGGCAACUACGGCUUGAUCAUCAAUGGCUACAGUCUGGCCCACGCUCUAGAAGGGAACCUGGAGUUGGAACUGCUGCGAACGGCGUGCAUGUGCAAGGGAGUGAUCUGCUGCCGGCUGACACCCCUUCAGAAGGCCCAGGUGGUAGAGCUGGUGAAGAGGUACAAGAAGGUGGUGACACUGGCCAUCGGGGAUGGGGCCAAUGACGUCAGCAUGAUCAAAGCUGCCCACAUUGGAGUCGGCAUCAAUGGCCAGGAGGGAAUGCAGGCCAUGCUCAACAGCGACUACACCUUCUCCCAGUUCCGCUAUCUUCAGCGUCUACUCUUGGUCCACGGCCGCUGGUCCUAUAAUCGCAUGUGCAAGUUUCUCAGCUACUUCUUUUACAAAAACUUUGCCUUCACUCUGGUGCACUUCUGGUAUGCCUUCUACAGCGGGUUCUCUGCACAGACAGUUUAUGAUACCUGGUUUAUCACUUUCUACAACCUGGUCUACACCUCCCUCCCUGUCCUGGGCUUGAGUCUGUUUGACCAGGAUGUGAAUGAAACAUGGAGCCUACGUUUCCCAGAGCUGUAUGAGCCAGGCCAGCACAACCUCUAUUUCAACAAGAAGGAAUUUGUGAAGUGUUUGAUGCAUGGGAUCUACAGUUCCUUAGUGUUGUUCUUUAUCCCUAUGGGGACCGUUUACAAUUCAGUGCGCAGUGAUGGGAAGGAAAUCUCCGAUUACCAGUCCUUCUCCAUGAUAGUGCAGACCUCCUUGCUCUGCGUGGUCACAGUGCAGAUUGCCCUGGAGACAACCUACUGGACAAUGAUAAGCCACAUCUUCACCUGGGGUAGCCUGGGCUUCUACUUUUGCAUCUUAUUCUUCCUGUACAGUGAUGGCUUGUGCCUAAUGUUCCCCAACAUCUUCCAGUUCCUAGGUGUGGCCAGGAACACUCUGAACCUGCCGCAAAUGUGGCUGGGUAUUGUCCUCAGUGUGGUCCUCUGUAUGUUGCCUGUGAUUGGGUACCAAUUUCUCAAACCACUAUUUUGGCCCGUCAGUGUGGACAAGAUUAUUGACAGAAUUCAUCAUUGCAUGAGACAUCCACUGCCACACCCAAGCCGGACCAAAUGGAAACAUGCAAGCUCUCAACGUUCUGCCUAUGCGUUCUCCCACAAACAGGGCUUUGGGGCCCUCAUCACUUCCGGCAAGACAAUGAGGGCCAAAAUGUCCAAGAAAAACAGCUUUCCUUUUAAAAAGUAGAGGCCUUUACAGAAGCCCUAAAGGAGUCAGUCAUUGCUCUUCCUCCCUUGUAUUCACACAACUUAAUAGGGAGAGAUUAGAGUCCCUGGAAACCAGCAUAAACCUGUUCUUCCACUCUCACUCCAGGGGCUCAGCCUCUUCAUUCCCUAGAAGGCUAUGCCCAGGUAAGGCAAGGAAAGGUAAAGGGCCCCCAGACAUCUGUCAGAGUUACAGCAUUUCAAGAAAAAGCAAUGUCAGGCCUCCCUCUACCAACCCUUCCAAGUUUUAAUCCAUACAAGCAAAUGUGGAAAUAAUGUGUGAAGAGGGGGAAUGUGGGGAAGGGAAAAGAAAAUAGGACCUAAGAAUCUUAGUUUGGGCCCUAUUUCCCAUACCCAGAGCAACCAUAAAUUUUGCCAGGGCUCCCCACAAACAUAUUCACCCAGGUACCCUUCUCAGGUUUAUCUGAGGGAUUCAGGGCCUGGGUAGCAAAAGGAAGAGGCAGCUAUGAAAAGUUGGUCAUAAGAAGUUAAAGGAGAGUUUCUGGACCAAAGAAAGAAUGGAGGUGGUUCCUGCCUUGAUAGGACAGCUCAAGAUUUUGCCACCUUCUCUUCUCUUUGACCCCUUUGACCCAAGAACUGAUACCUUUUCAGGCCUCAGAACUGGGAGGGGGAGACUGCAGGGGAUUUAAAAAAAUCUUUUCUUGAGGGACAUAAGCCAUGAUUGGUGAACAUUUGUCUUCAUUCCAUAAAAUUAUUUUGAGAAGAAAUUGUAUGUACUUGGGAAAUUGCUUCUAACAAGUUUAUAGAUAAGUAAUAAAUUGCUGAUUUUCGAGUA